CGCGGCUACACAACCACUGCUUCUCCUUUGCGAUCAGGUAUUUCAUCUAAUAAUAUCAGUCAUAUUUCUGCGGAAGAAGGCGAUGAAGAUGAGGAGGAGGAGGACGGUUCUUACGGAGAUGAUACAGGCGCCCGAGACAACGACAUUGCCGCUGAAACAAUGGACCUAGAAGACCUAGAAGAAGCCCAGGAGAGCUGUGAUUAUAGCUCCUCACAGACUGUUAACAACAGUGGGUUUCGUGCCUCAACUCCAGAACAAGAAACCAAUAGUAGUAGUCCCUGUUCUCGCUGGCAGGUUUCUGUAUCCUCUCCGUGUCGAGCUCGUGCUCGUGUCGUUGCCGCUUCUGAAGCCGACUUAGAGGCCUCUCAUAGCAUGGAUCACCAGCCCAUUGGGAUUAUUGCGACUCGCGGGGGCGAGGAUAAUUCUGUCACAUUUACCGACAGCGGUAGCAGCUAUACAGCCAGGUCAAAUCAGCUGCAGUCUGUUCAUAGCCGGCGCCUUCGUCUGCGAGCACGUCGGCGUGGGCCCUUAACAUUAGAUGGCAGACGGGCUUCUGGGCUUAGGCUGAAUCAUCUUGGUCACAUUGAUCUCGAAGGUGCAGAGGUCGAGGAAGAGGAGGAGCGAAAUGAAGAGGAGGAGGAGAUCUCGAGGGACAGGGAUGACGAGGCCGUUGUAAUAGCCGAUGUACCGUUUGUUUCGCGUACUAUGCAACCUACCCGCAUGGUUACAGAACCGAACGAUCUGCCUCGUCUAGUUCGAGUCUCACCGAUUCGCCAAGCCCUGUUAUCGAACGUUGGAAAUAGUCAUCCGGAUAUUGAGCUCAAUUCGCGACUCGGGUUUCAAGCGUUAGCGGGUGGUAUUCACACAUCCAAUGCUGGUUUUGUACGAGUUCUGCGUAGCCAUAAGCAAGAAGUAAGUAAAAGUUUAUAA